GAAGUAUACAGCAUUUUAGCGGAUCUUGGAUCAGUGCAUAACCAAUAUCUGAUAAAAAUCAAUACAUUUCGACUAGCUCACUUUUCUUUCUUUCUUAUUUGUUAUAUUGAUUAUGAGAUCAAACUGUUUGUAAGAUUAUAUAGUCAAACACAAAAUCACUCUUGAGUGCCGAAACCAAACUGCUAUCCACAUGGUUCAACGAUUUGUCGUUUUAAGAGUCACCCACGUUAGCAUUUUCUUUCGACUUCUUUUGUCUUCAAUCUCCAAUGACAUAAAGUUUCCAUUUCGAACUGCUUCCUUACUGCAUAUAUCGUUUAUUACACACACUCUCUCUCUCUGUCUCUCUCUCGCUCUCUGUCUGAUUGCUCCAGAGAUGGUUUAUGUCAGUUUCAUCGCAUGUCUCGUAGCAACUCUUGUUGUUCUGCAAUCUAUGAUUGCAACAAGUGACUUUUUAGCUCCACUUCUCUCUCCUAUCUUUGAUGAUGCAUGCAAAAAAGUGGAAUGUGGAAAAGGAACCUGUAAGGCAUCUUCAAAUAGCUCUUUCUUUUACGAAUGUGAAUGUGAUCCUGGAUGGAAGCAGACUCGCUCUGACCAUGAUGAUACUCUCAAGUUUCUUCCUUGCGUAGUACCUAACUGUACAAUGGACUACUCAUGUGUGGCAGCACCUUCACCGAUUCAAGAUAAAUCAAGCAAAUCUAAUGCAUCAGUUUUUGACCCCUGCUUCUGGACUGACUGUGGAGGCGGUUCCUGCAACAAGACGUCUCCAUUCACCUAUAGUUGCGAAUGUACAGAGGGUUACUAUAACCUUCUCAAUAUCUCUGCCUUUCCAUGCUUCAAAGAAUGUGCAAUUGGAAUGGACUGUUCAAACCUUGGGAUUUCAAUGUCAAAUAGAUCAGCUUCUCCAACGCCUGUAUUAACUGAGAGCAGUAAUCAAGCUAGUUCACUGCGAGAAAGUUCCCACUGGUUGAUGAUAUUGAUCCUGUCUUUGGCUAUGAUUUAGAGGAAAUGGAUUUGAGAGUGGCACUCUAUAGUUACAGCACAUUCACUUCUGAUUUAGCGUGUUACUAUUUACUGUGUGAUACUUCAUUUUCUAUGGAUAAAUUCAAUUACAUGAACAAAAUUGGAAUGCACAUAACUAUCACAGGAUAUGGGGGAGCAUAGUUUGUAGAUACAUAAUUUUGUUAUAGAGAUGAAUAUACAACAUGCCAGCAUAGUAAAAUAGCGAAUGUUAAUUAUAGUCGUGCUGAAUUGUAGCAUGUUCAAUCUCAGUUAUGAAUGUUACAGCCAUCCGCUUAUACAUCAUUUUCCAUUA